UUUGUCCCUAUUGAUGAAAAUCAUCUUCAGUAAAGAGCCAGCCAUCAUACGAGCAUUGCAUAAAUAUAAGGCACGGGCAACACAUUGGAGCAUUGGAGCUAGUGCUACUGUUUGGUGUAGAGCACCCUGUAUGAUUGCCUGUACUUUUCCAACACUGUCAAAUGACUGUACAAUUCGAGGCAUACGACAGGCAUAGAUUUAUUCAGUUGGAAAAAGCAUUCCCCUCAGUUGGGUCAAGUCGAAAAACGUAAUUUUACCGAAAUUUGUUUUGUCUUGUUAGCCAUGUCAAUAGUACGCAGAAUUCCUGGUUUCUACGAUCGCCCCGGGCCAGAGUUACCGGCGCCGUUCUACGAAGGUUUUGUCCGCUUCUAUCUAGCUGGGAACGAAGUGCAUUUAGUGGCCAGCGCACUCGUUGUGGCAUGGGUGGCAGUGUUCAUCGUCCAGCUGAUUAAAGGUGAUGUCCGUGGGGUAUUGGGCGUGAGCUAUUGGCUGGACUCGGAGCCGAAGUUCUACUGUACUCAGCCCCUCAAUAUGGAGCGAAUCUUCAGCCAGAUUGGCGAGCAGGUGGUGCGCCAGGAGCGAGCCCUUGCCCGCAUGCAGCAGGAAUUGAGUCGCGAUGGAUUCGUCCGCUCGGUGGCAUUGGUCGGCCCACCCGGCGUCGGUAAGACCCUGACCACUGACAUCCUACGCCAGCAAUUCCCCUGGCAGAGCAACAUCUUUGUGUUUUUCUGGCGUGGCAGCGUGCAAUCCCCGACCUGGCGAUACCACGUGUUGCAGCAGAUCACUGACCAAAUUUCAUGCUGCGGCAUGAAUCUGAUCGUAUUGGAUAUGCUGAACGUGCAAGACUACGAUGUGGCAGACGCCUACACCAAUGAGUUACGCAGUCGCUUCCAUCGACAGAUCGGCAGAAGGUCUAAGAAAACGGUUUUGGUUGUGUACAUCUUUGACCUGGACACCGCCGAUUGGAAUCUCGAGCGACAGAUACAAACCCUGCAGAAAAACAUCUCCCCCCACACGCCCGUAGUUGCCUAUCGUCCGUUUGGCAUUGAGGAUCUACCGAUUUGCCUGGAAAAUGAGCUAAAGCUGGAGAGCACGCGUACCCCAAACUCCGGCCCGUAUUACUACGCCCUCAGCGAGGAGGCAAAGAUGAAAGUUCUCGACAAGGCGCUCACUGACAUCGCUGAUAUCGGAUGCUACAAGCUGAAGGGACUCAUUCGAGAGUACGGCGAGGCUGUGCAGUUCACCUGAUGCAACUGA